GGGGUUGUGUGAAAAUUAUUUUUCUCUUGCUGAACCACAAAGACAUAGAAUCAAAGUGCUUCUUUCGAACAAACUGGCUUUUCUUUCUUUUUUUUUUUCUGUCUCUUCUAUUUCUUGUGGAUAUUAUGGCUAAUAACACAACAAGUUUAGGGAGUCCAUGGCCAGAAAACUUUUGGGAGGAUGUUAUCACGUCCUUCUCAGUGUCCAUUACAAUUGUGCUCGUAAUUGGAGGGUUUAUUUGGGCUCUGUGUGUCUGUUUGUCUCGAAGAAGAGCCAGUGCCCCCAUCUCGCAGUGGAGUUCAAGCCGGCGGUCUAGGUCUUACAACCAUGGCCUCAACAGAACUGGAUUUUACCGCCACAGUGGCUGCGAACGGCGAAGCAACCUCAGCCUGGCCAGCCUCACUUUCCAGCGACAAGCUUCCCUGGAGCAGGCAAAUUCCUUUCCAAGAAAAUCAAGCUUCAGGGCUUCAACUUUCCAUCCCUUCCUGCAAAGUCCACCACUUCCGGUGGAAACUGACAGUCAACUGGUGACUCUCCCUUCCUCCAGCUCGGUUCACACCAUCAGCACUUCGCACAGUCUGAGCCGCCCGGAUUUCCACUGGUCCAACAACAGUCUUCGAGUGGGCUUUUCCACACCGCCCCCACCUGCCUAUGACUCAAUUAUAAAAGCAUUCCCAGAUUCCUGAGGAGGGUGCUUUUGUUUUUAAUUUGUUUCUUCCCUUUCUUGGCUUUUCCCAAAAGAAAAUUACAGACAGGUUAAACGGAAUUUUGAGGGCAUGGCCCAAACAGCUGAUGAGUUUCCAAGUUGAAUUAUGUUCAUGCACUGUAUAUAAUUCAAUGCAGAAAAUGUAAAACACAUUUUCUUUGAAUACACUUUUUCCUUUUGUCUCACAGAAUAGUAAUGUUUUCCAAAAAGGUAUAUAUUUAUGUGUUGUUUUUUUUUUUUUUUAACUCAACCUGAACGUUAUUAAAGACAGUGGUUCUUAUCUGAGA